GGGAAAGGAGGUAGUAAUAUUCUUUGUAAAACAUUAGGAAGAAGUUGAGUCAAGCUGUAGGGAUGGAGUACAAUUGAGCAAAGCCAUUGGGACAAAUUCCGAUAGGGAGGGAGUACAAUUGAGCAGCCUCGUAGCCUCAGAUUUUUCGUUUUCCUGCAAUCGUAAAAUGGCCAGAAGGUUGAGUCAAGCUGUAGCUGACCUCAUGGGCGGCAGAGGCGGCGUCGCGCAAUCUGUCACCUAUUCCCUUCGUACUCGCUCCGGAAUGGGCCUCCCUGUCGGCAAGCAUCUCGUUCCCGAUAAACCAGUCCCAGUGAAUGAUGAGCUUGUGUGGGACAAUGGGACUCCAUUCCCAGAACCCUGUAUUGAUCGUAUUGCUGAUACCGUCGGGAAGUAUGAAGCAUUGGCUUGGUUGUGCGGUGGAUUGGGAUGUUUUGCAACGCUAGGACUAUUAGCUGUCUGGAAUGAUAAAGCUGCCAAAAUUCCAUUUACACCAAAGGUUUACCCGUAUGACAACCUGAGAGUGGAGCUCGGGGGAGAUCCCUAGCCUAUGUAUCUUAAAUUGCCGGUGAAGGACCUGUCCGUGUUGUGGAGGUCUAAAUAAACCUGGAAAUAUAUGUGUUUUAUUGAACAUCUGAAAUGCCGAUGAAAGUUUACUUGAAAGCAACUUAUCAGUUGCCCUGAGAUGAUCUCUGAUUCUCUGUACUCUGCUGACAGUGGUGUUCUUGUAAGAGUUUGUGUAACAGUUG